AUGCCCGUGACCGGUGGAAUCACUGCACCGAAGAUUAUUCCUCUGAAACAAUACACGGACGGAACUUCCAAUGCCACUAUUGAUACAGCAACUUAUAUUGAGCUCAAAUGCGAAACACCCAACUCCCGGAUAUUUUUCACAACGGACGGAUCGAAUCCAAAUCCUUGGCGAAAAAAAGUGAAUGGCCGGGAAAAGACGUUUUCAUACAAAGCCCCAUUCGCCCUUCGAUCUGGAAGGAGGGUAGUGAAAGCUAUGGCUGUACAUAAUGUGACCCAGGUUGAAAGUCAUGUAGUCACCAAGCAGUUCAUGGUUUCCGACUUGAACGAAAGUGAUUCUGAAAACGACCAACGAUAUGAGGAAGAAUCCACGGGAUCGGACAUGGAUUACGACAGAUAUGAAACACAGCAUGGUGCUAUCGUGCAUCGGCAUGAAACACAGCCAUUAGAUGAAUCAAUGGAUAACUUCCUACGUCGCAAUGCCGAUCAGGGUUUUGCGGCAACAAAUCAUUCGGGAACGCAGAUAAACCUGUGGGGUCAGGUGCCAGGCUUGAAUUGGGAUGUGCGCACACCAAACUCCACCAAUAUCUACGGAUCGUAUUUUAAUCCAGUUGCGGUAGUUCCACCAAUAUAUCAACCAAGUGUACCCAGUCACGUGGACAAUUCUGUCACACCUCAGCAGCUCAGCAUGAUUGCAACUCAGCUUAGUCAAUGCAUUGAUCAAACGCGUCACAUGACCAUCGCUGAAGUUCGGGAACUCUUGAAACAAAUGACUGACAAAAUUUCGGCGAGCAACAAAUUGGAAGCUCCGCAUAAAGCAUAUCCACUUUUGGCUAUUAGUCAAGGCGGAGGAGAUUUGCCGGGGCAACUGGAACAUAUUCAUUCGCAUCUGUUGGAAUAUACCCGACGAGAUCCUCGACUUAGCGCGCUUAUCUCUAACGCCAGAAUGGGUAAGAUUCUAUCUGCUGAUUUUGAUGAAGGCGAUUCCAGCUUUCUGCUAACCGUGCAACUGGAAAACCCACUUGCAUCUCAAUCGUACAGACCGGCUCAGUCGUCCGUAGAAAGACCACGAACAGUGGCGAAGAAAACGGAUAAAGAGGAUAAGUUCAAAGAACCAUCUGAACCGCCACAACCUGUUCCUUCUCUUCCGGAAGUCACUAGUUCACAGAAAUCACUGUCAAAAAAUGAGGAAAAAUCAGAGGCUAAACCAACACCAUCCACUCCAAUAAAAUCAGCUGAAACAUCGACUGACUGCAAACAUUCAGAAACCACUGAUGACAGCGAUCCGGCGUGGGAGAUAGUGGAAGAUUCGGAUUCGGGCCCUUAUUCUGAACUAGUAGGAGGCGGAUAUGCAUCACAUGUUGGAUUUGGAACAGGGAUGCCAAUGGGAUCCGGUUACACACCUGGUUUGGCAAACCCUUCCGACGGUUUCCAGUCUUACCCUGGUGUAACUGACCCAUUUAUGGGACCUUCAGGAGAAAAUUUUCCGGGAUGUGGGCAACCGAACUGUUCAUUUGAUUCGGGGAGUACACCUAAUCCAAUUCUGCCUCCAGCACCUCCGAGUUUUGGGAACACUGGUUACCAACCUGGAGCACCGUCAAACCGAAGUUCUUUUCCCUCUGGCAAUACCGAGCCGCAAUCAGAUAUGAAGUUCCCAACCCCAAAUGCUGGAGCAGCAUUGGGUAUUGCAGAAAACAGUUUAGCAACUAAUAGUAACGCUUAUGCUCGUGACUCAAUUGCGGAAGCCAUAGGAGGCUUCACUCCAUUAAAGCCACACGAAGACAUUUAUGCACCCACUUUGAAACCCUUCCCAAACUUUAAUGCUUUCGAAGACUGUGAGCGACUGAAAAAAGCCAUGAAAGGUUUGGGAACGGAUGAAAAAACAAUAAUCGAUAUUAUGGGCCAUCGCUCAGUUGAACAACGAACUAAAAUUGUACUGCAGUUCAAGACCAUGUAUGGAAAGGAUUUGAUAAAAGAAUUCAAAUCGGAGUUGAGUGGUCACUUCUCCGAAUGCGUGGAAGCUUUGUGCUACAGUCCUGAGGAUUUCGAUGCUAUGCAACUGAGGAAGGCCGUAAAAGGUGCUGGAACGGAUGAAGAUGCACUGAUUGAAAUUCUUUGCUCACGGACAAACGAGCAAAUUCGCAAGGUCAAAGAGGCUUACAAAAGAAUGCACGACCGAGACUUGGAAAAGGACGUUAUUAAUGACACAUCAAGAUAUUUCAAGCGGAUUUUAGUCAGUCUACUCCAGGCAAAUAGAGAUGAAAGCACCACAGUGGAUCGUGAAGCUGCUCGGCGGGAUGCCGAAGAGUUGUACAAAGCUGGCGAGAAGAGGCUCGGAACCGAUGAAUCAAAGUUCAUUAUGAUCUUGGGAUCGAAAUCCUUUGCACAUCUUCGUGUAGUGUUUGAAGAAUACGGAAAAGUGAGCAAGAAUGAUAUCGAAAAGGCUCUCAAAUCCGAGAUGAGCGGUGAUUUACUCAAAUCAAUGUUAUCCAUCGUUCGCUGUAUCAAAAACAAACAAAAGUACUUUGCCUAUCAGCUCUUGAAGUCCAUGAAAGGAUUGGGGACUAGAGAUCGGACUUUGAUUCGAAUCAUUGUUAGCCGCUGCGAAAUCGAUUUGGCUCGAAUUAAGGAGGAAUUCCAAAAGGAUUAUGGCAAAACUUUGGAACAUUGGGUAUCAGUAAGUAAAUCAAAAAUUUCAGAUUUACCGUGGUGGUUGUACUUGCUAAUUUGGUGGCUUACUGGUUCUGUGGACAGUGGCAAUCACAUUGCAUAA